AUGGACCGCAAACGUAAGAGAGAACUACGGGACCUGAAUCUGAAAUCCUGGGGAGGUGUUAAGGACCUCUUCUCCGUGGGAAGUUCACUGGAUUCAUCUCUCAAGAAGAAUACUGCCUUUAUCAAGCGCCUCCGCACCGGAAUCAACGCAGCCAGCCAGUCAACCCUGGUGAACGAGAUCCGCACUCUGUCGCUCGAGAAAUACUUGUCAGAGAUCAUUACUGCGGUCGCAGAAGGUCUCUCUAGGCUCAAGACGUCGACUGAGAUCGCGGCGGGUGUGGAAGUCGUCAGUGCCCUCCAUCAGCGCUUCGGUCCUGCAAGCUUCACGAAACAAUUGGCCUGGAUACUGGGAAAAGGUCUGAGUCUGCCUGACAAAUCGGUGGUAAAGUCAUGGACACCCGACGUUCGAGAGCGAGAAGAGCGGGAUCGUCUAGCGCGACAACGGGUGCUGCUACGAGUCGUGGCCGAGUUUUGGAUUUGUGGUCUCCUCCGCGGGCUGGACGAUGUGGAACGACCAGAAGAGGUGUCGGCAAAGACAAAGGAUUCAGCAGCGAGUGCCGCUCGCGGGCAUGACACCAAGAGCACUGCAACCUCAAAUGGUAUUCGGGCAGAAUUCGGCUAUGACAAUGAGCCUUUCCCACUAGAGGUGCUGAAGGAACUGCUCGGCCACGAUCCUGAUCACGUUAAUCUGCCACUAGCAGUUUUGUUCGUGAAGAACUUCUCCUGGGACGUACUUGGCCUGAAGCAUCAUCCGAAGAGGCGAUUUAUCAAUGUCUUGGAGAAGUACCUGGACACCGUCAAGCAGCAUGUGCUUCGCGAUCAGAAGCAGCUCUCGAACCAAAGCCGCAGAAAUGCUGAAGCCUACGUCAAGAGCGGCGAGAUCUUCGAAGACAGACAGAACAACUUCGAGAAGCAGACUAAGGCCCAGGAGAAAUUGAUAGCCAACGCACAAGUGCUUUGCGAUGCACUCGGUCAGCAGAUGCCCAGCUUGGUUGCUGUCGAUGGCACAGACGCUCCUGCAGCAGGCUCCGUUGGCAUCGUAAAGACCGGGGAAUACCUCCGUGGGACGGGCGAAGGAGCUGGCAUAUGGGAGGAUGAAGACGAGCGGCGCUUCUACGAGAACCUUGUGGACCUGAAAGGACGCGUUCCAGCAAUUCUGCUCGAAGAUGCCAAAAAGCAGAAAACUGACGGUCCAGAGGAGCCCGGCGCAACACACAAGAUGUCCUCCACAGAGACACCGGAUGCAGUGGCAAAGAAAACAGCUGAUUUGGACGAUCAAUCCACGGCCAUUGCAAACAGAACCGUCGGCGCACAAGUUGAUGCUGUCCUGGCGCGCUUACCAGAUCUUCAGAAUAAAGAGAUGGUCGAUCAGGUGGCCGAAGACUUCUGCUUUUUGAACUCCAAAGCAUCAAGAAAUCGACUCAUCAAAGCCAUACAAGAAAUUCCAAAGGGCCGCACCGACCUCCUGUCGCUGUACGCGCGUCUUGCAGCAACACUUGGACAGUACAUGCCCGACGUAGUUCAAGGCCUCGUGUCCCACCUCGACGACGAGUUCCGGAGUCUGCAGCGACGGAAAACCAAAGAUUUCCUCGGACAGGUGCGCAUGAUAAAUAUCCGCUACCUCGCUGAGUUGACAAAGUUUGGCAUUGUUCCAGAGCAUGUCAUAUUCCAUUGCCUCAAAGUCAGUCUCGAAGAUCUUUCGCGAAUGAACAUCGAGAUCAUCGCAAACCUGCUUGAGAAUUGUGGUCGAUAUCUUCUGCGCAACCCAGACACGGCACCACGAAUGACAUCUUUUCUGGAGACUCUUAAUCGCAAGAAAGGUAACCAACAUCUGGGUCAGCAAGAACGCAUGCUCAUCGAGAACGCUCUGUACUAUGUCGACCCUCCCGAGCGUGCAGCAAUCCAGCAGAAGGAGAGAACACCCACAGAGCUGUUCGUUCGUCAACUGGUCUAUCUCGAUAUGACUAAGCGGACUUGUCCCAAGGUUCUCAAAGCUCUGCGAAAGCUACACUGGGAAGAGAAGGAAGUCGUUUCGAUGCUUGAGAAGAUCUUCAGCAAGCCAGGAAAGGUCAAAUUUAGUAAUAUCCAUCUUUUGGCUGUCCUCCUCGGUUCCCUGAACCGCUACCAUCCAAAUUUUACAUCAGUUGUUGUCGACAACAUUCUGGAACGAAUCGUUCUUGGUCUGGAAAAUAAUGACUUCAAGUUCAAUCAGCGACGCAUUGCGGAAGUAAAGUAUCUCGGAGAGCUGUACAACUACAAAAUGGUGGAUUCGGCGGUCAUUUUCGAUACGCUGUACCGCCUGGUUACGUUUGGCCACGAAGGCGGCAAGCCAGUGCCAGGACAAGGCGUUCCUCUGGAUUUGCUUGACGAUUAUUUCCGCAUCCGCUUGGUAUGCACCAUACUGGACACGUGCGGCAAUUGCUUCGAUCGAGGCAGCUCGAAGAAAAAGCUUGACUUCUUCUUGAUGUUCUUCCAGUACUACAUCCAGACAAAGGAAGCAGUCCCUAUGGAAAUUGAAUUUCUGGUCAACGAUACCUACAAAUUGAUUCGCCCACAAUGGAAGGUCGCUUCUGACCUCGCGGAAGCUUCGUCUUUGCUGGCAGAGGCGAUCAAAGCCAACUAUCAGCAAGGCGCCAACGUCCCAGAGCAUGCUGAUGAUGCAGAAGAAACGGCUUCCGACGAGGAGAUUGGCGAGGACGACGCAGGUCUGGAGGCUGAAGCAGGCCACUCGAGCGAUGAAGUCGAGAUUCCAAAUGACGAGGAUGCAGGGGACGAUACUGAUGACGCCGAGUCCAGCGAAGACGAACAGAUUAUUGUGACCCGCGAGGAAGAGAGAGUGGACCCUGAAGCUGAAGCCGAAUUCGAUCAAGCCUUUGAGAGGAUGAUGGCCGAAAGUCUUGACUCACGCAAGUUAGAGAAGAAUCGACAAUUCGAUGUCCCACUGCCCAUUCGAAAGGUCCAACGUACAGCCGCUGAAUUGAACGACGACGAGCCCGAGAUCGUCGAAAAGCUCCCUAGCAACACCAUGGCGUUCUCGCUGAUGACGAAGCGCGGCAAUCGGCCACAGACCCGUACUAUCGAGCUUCCGUCGGAUUCCCACUUUGCCGUGACGAUGAAGAACCGACAAGACGCCGAACGCGAAGAGCAGCAGCGUAUCAAGAACCUGGUCUUGAACUACGACUUGCAUGAUGACGAACACCAGAACGAUGGUACAGAUUUGCUUAGCCCUAUUGAGCAACCCCUUAUCUUAAAGACCUCCUAUGCUAAAGGAUUAUCAACCAGGUCUCGAUCCGCUCAACUCGUCUCUCAGUCGCGCCGAGAGAUCCGCACGUCACGCGCCCCGAGCGAGAAGGUUGAAACUAAGUGA